UCAAACAUAGCUGAUGACGUUUCAUCAACUCACAGUCUUUAAUCCCGUUAAAGAAAUAUUCUUGCAGAGUUUCACCUUUAAAAGGUUCCCCAAUCUUGAUGAUAAAUUCCAUCGCAUGCGUUGAAAAUCCAUCAGUGAAUUUUGGAACAUGUCGUUUUGUUCCUGUUCACGUUUUCCUUUUAUUUCUCACCUCGUGCGGGUGAUUCGAGCAGAUUGUUUCACAAUUUAAUCCUGGUGAUCGUGUGGGUUGAGGUCUUCGUCCGUUACUUAUGUCAAAGUGGCGUCGCGAUCCAGUUUUCGUGACUGUGGCGCUCGGAGGCCAUUGUCAUACGCUAAGCAUUUACAUUGCAAGAAACCCAGUAACAGAAACAGUGAUUCCACAAUGCAAGAGACUUAUUCUUCCGACAGAUCUCUCCUGACAUCCGAUGUUGCAAAGUUAUCUCGAUCGCGAGCAGGUUGCUCUUCGCGAAAACACGAAUCACAGUUCUCGGGAUUGAGCCAUUUUGAAUCGUUAAGUUUUAUGUUUGGUGCGGCAAAUACUGCCAAGAGUGCUCAACGGUACGGUGAAACAAUGAGUGUCGACACUUACGGUCCGAGUUCCCAGCCUUUAAGCUUUCUGGAAGCCGAUGACAUCGGAGCCGAUACCCAAGGCACUGAUUUCGGUUAUACCGAUUUCACGAUGCCGUCUCAAAGUCAAACGCAGGGUGAUGGCAUGAAAGGAUUGUCUGAUGCAUUCAAGACCGCGAUGAAUUUGAGCGGAGAUGUUGAGACAAGAGGAGAUGGGCUGCUAGAAUUGAAGUUUCAGGAAGAUGAGGAUGAUCCGGAUAACAUGAAGGAUCUCCCGGAACAUGCUUGUCGUUAUUGUGGGAUCCAUGACGCGAACUGCGUCGUCAUGUGUAAUGUUUGUCGGCGUUGGUUCUGUAACGGACGCGGGAAUACUUCUGGAUCUCACAUUGUAAACCAUCUCGUUCGUGCCAAGCAUAGAGAAGUCACAUUGCACAAGGAUGGUCCUUUGGGUGAAACCAUAUUGGAGUGCUAUGCUUGCUCUAGCAGGAACGUUUUCGUCCUCGGAUUCAUCCCGGCUCAGGCGGAUUCAGUAGUUGUCCUACUUUGUCGUCAACCGUGUGCAUCAAAUACGUCCCUAAAGGAUAUGAAAUGGGACCAAGAACAAUGGAAACCCUUGAUUCAAGACCGAACUUUUCUUCCUUGGCUCGUCAGGGCACCGUUGGAUGUUGAAACAUCACGAGCAAGGGUAGUUUCAGGACAGCAAAUCGCCCGACUCGAAGAGCUUUGGAAAGAUAACCCCGAGGCGUUGAUUGAGGAUUUAGAGAAACCGGGUGUAGAUGAAGAACCGCAGCACGUGAUGCUGAGAUACGAGGAUGGAUACCAGUACCAGAAUAUUUUCGGUCCACUGGUCAAGUUGGAGGCGGACCACGAUAAGAAGUUGAAGGAGGCACAAACGCAGGAGAAUGUGGAUGUCAAGUGGGACCAGGGACUUAACAAGAAGAUUAUUGCUUAUUUCAGGUUUUCAAAAUCUGAGGGUGAUAUGAAAUUGAUGCACGGAGACGAGCUGCGAUUGCGUUACGUUGGCGACCCGAGUCGGUCGUGGUCUGGCGUCGGCCACGUCAUCAAAAUCCCCGACAACUUCGGCGAAGACGUUGGUAUCGAAUUGAAGAGCAACGCGGAUGCGCCGACGGAAUUGUGCACCAGCUUCGUCGUUGAUUUCGUGUGGAAAUCGACGUCUUUUGACCGCAUGCAGUCUGCAUUGCGCAAAUUUGCCGUGGACGAGAGCGCAGUUUCCGGUUACAUUUACCACAAACUUCUGGGACACGAAGUUGAAGAUGCCAUUUUCCGCGCGCCUUUGCCCAAGCAUUUCUCAGCCCCGAAUUUGCCGGAUUUGAAUCGAUCACAGGUUUUCGCCGUGAAGCAAGCUUUGCAAAGACCGUUGGCAUUAAUCCAAGGACCACCAGGCACGGGAAAAACUGUCACAUCCGCUACGAUAGUGUAUCAUUUGGUGAAGCAAUCGGGUCCUCCGGUUUUGGUUUGCGCACCUUCCAACAUUGCCGUGGACCAGCUGACGGAGAAGAUACAUCAAACAGGGUUGCGAGUGGUUCGUCUCUGUGCCAAAAGCAGGGAGGCCAUCGAUUCACCGGUUUCCUUUUUGGCCCUGCAUAAUCAGAUUCGGAGCAUGAAAGCCGUCCCGAAAAAUUCAGAACUGUUGAAAUUGCAAGAGCUGAAGGAAGUGACUGGCGAGCUGUCAUCCGGCGACGAAAAGCGGUAUCGCAUGUUGAAACGCAGCGCCGAAAGGGAUCUUCUCGCCGCCGCCGACGUGGUCUGCUGCACGUGCGUCGGCGCCGGCGACCCUCGUCUGAACCGCAUCAAGUUCCACUCGGCCCUCAUUGACGAGAGUAUGCAAGCCACGGAGCCGGAAUGCAUGGUGCCGGUCGUGUUGGGCACGAAGCAAUUGAUCCUCGUGGGCGACCAUUGUCAAUUGGGGCCGAUUGUCAUGUGCAAGAAGGCUUCUCGAGCGGGGUUGUCCCAGUCGUUGUUUGAGCGACUCGUGGUGUUGGGCAUUCGGCCGUUGCGGCUCGAGGUGCAGUACAGAAUGCAUCCCGAGUUGUCUCGGUUCCCGUCUUCGUUUUUUUAUGACGGAUCUCUGCAAGAUGGCGUCACGCGAGUUGAGAGAAGGUUGAAGAACAUUGAUUUCCCGUGGCCACAAGCGGAGAAGCCGAUGUUCUUCUACUCUACAACGGGACAAGAGGAGAUCGCAUCUUCGGGCACUUCGUACCUGAACCGAACCGAGGCGGCAAAUGUAGAAAAAAUCACCACCAAGUUUCUCAAGAGUGGCGUAAAACCCCAACAAAUCGGCAUCAUCACGCCCUACGAAGGCCAACGAGCUUACGUGGUCAACUACAUGCAACACCAGGGUUCCAUGCCUCCUAAAGUUUAUCAGGAUGUCGAAGUGGCGAGUGUCGAUGCAUUCCAGGGCCGGGAAAAAGACAUCAUUAUCAUGACUUGCGUGAGGUCGAAUGAGCAUCAGGGAAUUGGAUUUUUAAACGACCCGAGGAGGUUGAAUGUCGCCAUUACGAGGGCCAAGUAUGGGAUCAUCGUCAUAGGAAAUCCGAAGGUUCUCUGCAAGCAAGUGCUUUGGCUACACCUUCUGACAUUCUACAAGGAGAACCGCGUAUUGGUGGAAGGACCUCUGACAAAUUUGAAGGAAUGCACGAUGUCGUUUCCCAAGCCGAAGCAGCUCACGAACGCCCUGAACCCAGGCACUCAUUUUAUGUCCACAUCCAUGUACGAUGCCAGGGAAGCCAUGGUCCCGGGUUCGGUCUACGAUCGGUCGUCACACUUGCCGUCUCGAAUGCCGUUUAAUCGCGACGACGGGUUCCUGAGAACCCACGACGCCCUCGGGGCAUUAGUCAUGAGUCAAGACGACCGGGCGUUGUCGAGUGCGUUUAGCGGCGUGCCUGUGCCGAUGGGCAUGUUUUUGAACAUUGGACAAGGCGUAGGGCCGAGGUUUUAUUCUGGAGUCGGGCUCCAGAGAGGUGCUCAACCUGGAGGAGGUGGUGGCGGUGCUGGUGCUGGGAAGGGCAGGAAGCCCGGGGCGAGAGGGCGGAAUGUAGGUGGGAAAUCGGCGCCGUCGACUGGGCGCCUGAAUGGGGAGAAGUUUUUCGAGGCGUCGCAGGAGCGGCAGCAAACUCAGCCCAUGGCGUCGCAGGGCAUGGGGUCCAUGUCACAGGGCAUGUCGCAGUCGUUUGGUGUGGUUUCGCAAGAUCUGAGUCAGGCAGAUUUUGGUGGCGUGAGUCUCGGCGGUGGGACAGACGGCAACUUUUCCUUGGGUGUCGGAAACAUGCAGGUGGAAGGUUUGUUGUCCCAGGACUCAACUUAUCAGGGCUUCUACCUCAGCGGAGCCGGCCCUUCUCAGGGUCCGCAGUACUCACAAGCUGAAGGGACUACG